AGAAGAGGAGACCCCAGCGCGAGAGAAGGUUAAAGUCCUGGAGUCGUUGGCUUCCGGUCCCUCAGACAGACAUGAACAGACUCAGGCUGCUUUCCUGCCAUUUGUCACCGUCACGCGCGGAAUUUCAUCCGUGUGGCGCGCGCGCUCCAGCUGAGCCUCAGGAUGUGGUGGUGGUUCACGGCUUAAGGACCGCAGUGGGGAGGGCGGGGCGGGGCUCCUUCAAGGACACGACCCCAGACGAGCUGCUGAGUGCAGUGUUAACAGCAGUGCUGAGAGAUGUGAGACUGUCCCCAGAUAAACUCGGGGACAUGUGUGUUGGUAAUGUGUUACAGCCCGGUGCAGGAGCUCUGAUGGCCCGAAUUGCACAAUUCAUGAGUGGCUUUCCAGAAACGGUGCCUGUGUACACGGUAAACCGUCAGUGUUCAUCUGGACUGCAAGCGCUUUUUAACAUCGCAGGUGGUAUCAGGAACGGAUUUUAUGAUAUGGGCCUUGCAUGUGGGGUGGAGAGCAUGUCUCUGCGUUCUGUUGGAAACCCAGGAGAUCUCAGCUCUAAACUGAUGGACAAUGAGAAGGCCAGAGAGUGUCUCAUCCCCAUGGGAAUCACCUCCGAGAAUGUUGCAGAGAGAUACGGCGUGACCAGAGAGAAGCAGGAUUCAUUUGCUUGCAGCUCUCAGCACAAGGCAGCUCAGGCUCAGAAACAGGGUCUAUUCAUGCAGGAGAUUGUUCCAGUUACCACCAAGUUUGUGGAUGAGAAUGGAACCGAGCGCACCAUCACGGUCACCAAGGACGAUGGCAUCCGGCCAGGCACCACCAUGGCAGGUCUGGCUAAACUGCGCCCUGCGUUCAAGGAGGACGGCAGCACCACGGCAGGUAAUGCCAGUCAGGUGAGCGACGGAGCAGCAGCUGUGCUGAUGGGCCGCAGGUCUGUGGUAGACGCUCUUGGUCUGCCGGUGUUAGGAAUUCUGAGAGCCGGUGCUGUGGUGGGUGUUCCUCCAGAUGUGAUGGGUAUCGGGCCAGCCUACGCGAUUCCGGCUGCCCUGAAGAAGGCAGGUCUGACUCUCGAUGAUAUUGAUAUCUUUGAGAUCAAUGAAGCCUUUGCUAGUCAGGCAGUUUACUGUGUAGAGAAAUUGGGCAUCCCGAUGGAGAAAGUGAACCCCAAUGGUGGUGCCAUCGCUCUGGGUCACCCGCUGGGCUGUACAGGUGCUCGCCAGGUUGUGACCUUACUCAACGAACUCAAGCGCAGGGGCAGGAGAGCCUACGGCGUGGUGUCUAUGUGCAUUGGAACCGGCGUGGGAGCCGCUGCAGUCUUCGAGUAUCCCGGACCUUGAAGAAGAUUGUAGUUCGAUACAGUGUGAUGAGAAGCUUGGAAAAGAAGCAUGUUGUGAUCAGGAAGAUGAUGUGGGGAAUUGCUAACUCUAAUUAAACACACAGAUAAGAAUUCAGACUCUCCUGCUUUAGUCAGAGUGAAUAAGACUCUGUAGAAGACUGAAACUACUUCUAUAAAUACACAGUGAUCAGUAAGUAAAAAUUGUAAUGCUAAAGGAGUAAUUAGGAGUGGGAGAAAAGCAACAAGUAGCUAACAGAAAAUAAUGGAAGUCUAGGACGGGGCAGCCAUCUUGGACAUCCAGAAGCAAUUUUUAUCCCCCGCUGGCUGAAAGGCCCGAAGGGGGGUUAUGUCGUGGCGAUGUCCGUCUCUCCCUCCCUCCAGAGAAAGGGUGCUCACCUUCUGAAAUCAACUCCUCUCACAAUUUUUGGAGGAAUUUCAUGAAACUUGGCAGGAUUCUGUGUUAUAAGUCAGUAAUACGCAUAUUGUAAUUUCGUUAAACCGGACCACAUUUUACCAGAGUUACAGCCCUUGAUUAACAACCUUGCACUUUCACAAUUUCAUGAAGGUGUGUUUGCCUUCUGACAUCAACUCCUCUCACGCUUUUUGGAUGAAUUUCUUGAAGCUUGGCAAAAGGCCUUGUUAUAUGACGGUAAUACGCAUAUUGCGAUUUAAUUUCGUUUGUGAAAAUUUGACCAGAGUUUUGACCCUUGAUUAAAUAACUUUGACAAUUUCAUGAAGGUGUACGUUCUUCUGAAAUUAACUCCUCUCACAAUUUGUGGAGGAAUUUCACCAAACUUGGCAAAAGGCUUUGUUAUAUGACAGUUAUACGCAUAUUCAAAUUUUGUUUAAUUUGGGCAAAGUUUACCAGCGUUACGCCCUUGAUUAUUAACAAACUUGUACAUUGGCAAUUUCCUCCUUCCUGGGAAGGGUACUCACCUUCUGAAAUCAACUCGGGUCGAAAUUAAGCAUGUACCGACGGACAUGGGCAAGUCAUUCUCAUACUCGGGCAACAAUAAAAUUAUCACUAGUUGUCCGUCGGACAACUGUGUUUGAAUGUCUAUUUUACCAAUAAAAAUUAAGUUGUUGUGAUUCCUAACAGAAACAGAACGAAAACUUUAUUUUUCCCGUCUUCUCUUUCGUUUGUCCUUGACUUUGGUUCGUUGCGGUAGUUGACGCUUCCAUUCGCGAGAUGGCGCUACAUGAUAUUAUGAUUAUUCACACGAGGCGCCACUGUCACGUAGGCUAGAACGAACGACGCGUCUUUUUGGACUGAUUUUUAAUUCUGAUUUGAUCAGUUACACUUGACCAUGAUGACAUGAUGUUUUCUGACUGUUUAACAUGUUUAAUAGAAGACACUAGUAGUUAUACCGAGUUGUUUUACUGUUCAUCAUGAUGAAAUAAACACCAAACACA